AGGAGGUGGACAUGCACUUUAGUCUGCUCUUUUCUUCUUAUGACUCAUUCAUUCUCUUCUCAUCCUUAACCUCAUCAUACCCACUUUCCUUUCCGCCGGGAGCAAGACAACAAAAAUGUCCGCACAGGCGAUUUCAGCCGUUGACACUCCGUUCAAGUCCAAUGGAGCAUCACAUCCAGAGGGUCUUAUCCUCGACCGAUGCACGCAAGAACAAGCCUUCGAUCUCUUCUACACCUGGGCGGUUCAGGAGCAAUGGAACCCCAGUGUGAAAGGUCAAGACAUCCGGGACCUCUAUCACAAAGCCGACCCCGAGGGCUUCUUUUACGGAAGAAUUGCCGACAAACAGGCUCCUACCAAGACGGAAAUCGUCUCCAUCGUGAGCCUUAUCAGAUACGGCAAGGAUCAAGCCUGGCUCGGAUUCUACAUUGUUUUGCCCCGUCACCGUGGCAAGGGAUACGGAAUGGCGACCUUCCAAAAGGCCCUCGAACACGCGGGCCAUGAUCGCCAAAGUAUCGGGCUCGAUGGUGUGUUGGCCCAGGUAGAGAACUAUAAGAAGUCUGGGUUCACGAAUGUGGCCUGGAGAAAUGAGCGCCGCCACGGGUCGGCCAAGGAUUUGGUCGAGAACCUUGAGCGUGAUUUAGCAGAGAAGGUUGCUAGGGGUGGAGUACCUGGAUUAGUUCACCUGUCGGACGAUCUGGUUGACUGGGACCAGGUUCAGGCCCUCGAACAACGGUAUGCGGGAUUGAAGCGACCCGAAUUCAUUAAAGAAUGGGCGCAAUUCCAUACGUUCAACCCUGAGCUUCAUCGGUUUGGAGUCGCGGUGUUGUCGACGGAUGGUACUGUGGAUGAAAAGAGCGGCAAGCCCAAGAUACUCGGGUUCGGAUGUGUGCGCCCAGCAGAAACCUCUUACAGGGUUGGACCCCUGUACGCCAGUACCCCCGAAGUCGCGAAGCUGCUGCUGGUCAAGCUGGGAGUUGAGGUCGUGCAGGCCGAGAGGCAGUCGCCGUACCAUGUCCCAUUGCAGUUUGAUGUGGAUGUGCCAACGUCGAACGAGGAGGCGGUCAAGCUGUUUGAUGGACUGGACUGGAAGGAUACAUUCCCGUCGUUGAGGAUGUGGAGGGGCAAGAUCCCAGAGCACGAUGUCAAUGGAAUCUUUGCGGUCGCGACCCUCGAGGUCGGAUAGACGACCUUGGGGCCUCUUUCUUGUCAGGCAUGGAGCCACCGCAGUCUUCUCUUUGUAGAGAGCACGACAAAGUGCAUCUUUAGCACAGCACCACAAUAAUAAAUGUAUCGAUACGGUUGGUGGCAAAACCAAG